CCAAUACCUGCUUUUCCCUCCUUUUCUCGUCUCCUUUUCGUUCCUCUCCAUAGGUAAAAUUGCAGUGACCAUGUCAGCAGAAAGUCCAGGGGAGAAGAAAAGUGGCCUGCGAGCCUUUUUCGCCCACGCCCUCCGGCCCAAGAAAUCCCGCCAGGUCCUCCGCAAAGGCUAUAGCGCAUCCACGCCGGAUCUGCGAGGAGCAGCAGGCCUGCACCGACCCAGCACCACCAGUGAAGAUGUGCCGCCACUGCCCUCCCUCACCCUGCUAGAAGCCCAUCGAUUGAAAUACCGCGAAAUAAACGCCAACAAAGACUCCCAGCUGGGUGAAAGCCGCGACCAUACCGCCAUCCUCCAUACCAUCGGCGACCAGGACUUCAACCGGUACGACCCCUAUGGCCUCGACAGUGAAUACGACAACCGGCCCCCCGGUGAGCCUCAGAUCGCCAGUUGGCCCUCGCAGCUCUGGAUGCACCUUGCGACAGACUACCUCACGCCAGCCGAUACGGCCAGCCUCGCCUUCUCCAGCAAAACCCUAUACCUCCGCCUCCAAGCACUCGACCCGUUCUACGUCCUCUCCCUCCCCGAGUACCAUACGCAGCGCGUCAACUUCCUCACGACACAAGACCGCUACCUCCCACACCAUCUCCUCUGUAUCCCCUGCGGCCGCUUCCACCUCCGCACGCAGCCGGGCCAUGAGAAGCUCCAACCGGCCGACACACUCAACCCGCUCUUCCGCUGCCCGGAAGCCCGCAACCCACUCAACCCUCCCCCACGACACCGGAUCACCCACAACCGCACGCUGCCCUACACCUUCGUGCAGCUGGCGCUGCGGGCGCACCGCUUCACGCCGGACCACGGGAUCCCGUUCACAACGCUCUCGCGUCGCUGGCGCCGCACCGAGUGGUCGCACCAAACACGCUUCCAGAUCCACAACAACCACCUCCUGAUGCGCGUGACGUCCACCCGGUUCGCCGACCCGGGCCUCCCGCCGUCUACGGUGCGUCUCCUCCUCUACUCGCGCGAGGACUACGUCCCCUACUUCUCCGUCUGCGCCCACUGGCGCGACGGUAACCUCAUGGCCGCCUGCAAGUGCGCCCUCUCCCACAUCCCCGUCCCGCGCGACACCUCCGCCCUCCAGGGCCUCGAGCACCGCGCCAAGGACAUCAUGCACCGCCGCGCCUACAACCCCAACGCCCUAACCACGCUCUGCGGCAAGUGCCGUCCCAUGCGCCGCUGCCCCGAGUGUCCCUCCGAGUACCUCAUCGAGGUCAAGCUGACCGAGGACCGCUCCCCCGACAGCGCAGGCGGUGCCCCGAACCUGCGCUUCCGGCACGCCAUUGUCGUCACGCGGUGGUGUGACCUGGGCGAUGGCACCGCGCCGUCCCUGUCGCGGGAAUGGGCCGCUUGCUGUGGCACCGAUGGCUCUGCCCCCACGCAGAAGACCCAGGGGGGUAUGCCCAAAGUCUACCAAGACCCGGAAGGCGUGAUUGAAUCAAACGGUGAGGGAGCCACCACCACCACCACCACCACCAUCCCGCCCAGGAUUUACGACUCCUUCAAGGCGAUCGGCAAGCGGUCAAUUUCCGGUACUUUUGAGAGUAUGAUCUCUGAUGAUACACUGCCGGGUCAGCGUAUCAUAUCGAUGAAUCCAUCCGGGAAGAAGUUGGGCGAGGAGGGCAAUUCGUGGUACUGAGUGAUGGGGCGGGGGACCCCCCUCCCAAAGAAGCUUUCUGUGAUCUUGAAAUGGGUAUAGUGGUCGAUCGGUUGGUUGAUUGGUUGGUCAACUGGGUUGGGGACAAAGCAGGUGUUCGUUUCAUUUUCUCUCUCGUGGCGGUAGUGGUGGUGUUAUGGGGCGUUUUGGAUUGAGAUCCGGGGUCGGUGAAGGAACCUUUUGUCAGGGUGAUUUGACUGUUAUGAAAAGCAUUGUUUUCGAGCUUGCAAGGUUAUAAUCAGGUACUAUAUGGGUGCGAUAGCCCCCGUUCUUGCUACUAAUUUGAGCGAAAAUCGGUAGUCGCUUAGCAGGGCGAAUGUAAUAGAC